AUGGACCCUAGCAAUAUGGAUAUCAGUCAAAGCGACAUGUAUGAGUGGCUCUGCAGGCGUGACCAAAGAAACACUGUCCACUUCAACCUGAACCGCCAGCAGCUUGCGGUAAAAGUACGGGAGGCCCAGCCCAAAUUAUUUCCGAACCCUUACAUAUAUAGUGAUAUACUGACCACCAGUGUCCAAUCUCAAAGUGUAACUUCACCUGAAUCAUCUAAGUGCCAAGUUCAGCAAUUAGAAACAGACGACUCUGUACAAAAACAACAUUUGAAUGUUCAUGGGAAGCGUAAACAGUCGGUGGCUGAUGAAGCGAGACAAUUCAACGCUGAGCCAAGAAGUAUUGAACAGACGACAAAUACACAGAUGGAAAAACUGCGUCCCCGUUUUGCAAAUUAUUUGAACCCAGUUCUACCUAUCCCUCCAACUCGGGUCUCGCCGUCUUCAGUCAUCAAGAAAGAGUUCAGUUCUUCUGAAGAGGGUAACACGACUUCCAAUUUUGAGCGUAGAAAAUUUCAAAAACCUUUAACCUCGACCAUGCGUAGUUUAUCGGUUACAAAAAUCCUGAAGAAAGAGCCAAAAAGAGUUACGACAUCACCUAACAUCAGCCACCAAGGUAUUGCGUCACUCAAUCAUCCCACCCGGAAGUUCAUUUUUUUGGAACCUUACAAAAAAGAAAGAAAAACAUCGGAAGUCAAGGAAAACGAAGCAUCACCAUCAGUCCCGAAGGGAUACCACGAGGAUUUGAUAUCAUUCCACAAUUUUGAUUGGUUUCAAACCAAAAACACUGUCAUUGGGAAAGAUAUUGUACCGAUCAAAGCUGAUGUUUCUAAAGCAUACAGCUCUUACAACUCAAAGAAGAUCAAGUCCGGUGUAGAUAUAUUUCAGGAAGAAAGACUCAAAGAAGAUGAGGUUUCUACACUCAAGGAACAAGUCCAUGUGCUGAAGGAAAAAGUUCGGGACGUUGAAAAAAUCCAGGGAGACAUAGUCAUGCUGGAGGAUAAAGUACAUACACUUGAGAGAGGUCUCAAGGUGGCUUGUGAGAAGGUCAACUUACUUGAAAAUUUGCUUCCACGACAAAUAGGUAAUGAAACUAAUGAACUAACAAGUACAGGAGAAGAGUCAGACUGUUCUUCGGGUCACAAGUAA